AUGUCUGAUAAUACAGAAAUUUUAUUUUGGAAAGUAAUAAAAAAUAAAUUUUUAUUUUACACCAUUAUUUCAUAUACAAACAUUAGAUUUAGAACAAUUAAAUAUGAAGUAUUCAAUGAUAUAUCACAAAUUAUUAAUUCAAAUAAUCUAUCAUUACUAAUUGAAAAGUUGAAUUGUGGUGAAUUUUUAAAUUUUAAGAAUUACAAUAAUUUUGAUUGUGUUUUUAAAAAAAUUAAAAAUAUAAAUGAAGAAAACAUUAAAAUUUAUAAAAAUUUAAUUCCACACUACUCAAUGGUUGAUUUUAAUAAAUUAUUAGAAUGUUCAAUAGAAAAUGAUUGUUUAGUUGGUUUCUUAGUUUUAGUCAAUGAAAAAAGUACCUUUAAUGAAACUAAUAAUAUUAAUAUUAAUAAUAAUAAUAAUAAUAAUAUUAAUUAUAAUAAUUGUAUUUUGGUUAACAAUAAUUAUCAAUUUUAUUUUAAUGAAGCAUUAAAAUAUAACUCAAUUGACAUAUUGACAUAUCUUAAUGAAAAUGAUGAAAAUAAUAAUUUUCCAUGCUCAAUGGAGUGGAAAAUUUUAUUAUCAAAUAAAAAAAUUCAUAAAUCCACAAUUAUAAAAAUGUUAUCAAAGAUUCCAAGGUUAAUAACACUAAUAGAAAGUAGAGAUUUAUUAUUUUUUAAGGAUUCAAUAUUCCCAAAAGAUGUUUUAAAUAUAGAUUUGGAAAUUUUAAUUGGUUUGUGUAUAAUUAUUAUCAACAUUCCUUUUUUAAAAAAUAUAAAAUCAUCAUCAUCACCACCAAUUUUAACAAUUGAAGAAAUUAAUGAAAUUAAAAAUAAAUAUUCAGAAAAAGAUUUAAAAUCAAAUAUAAUUAAUUUAGAAUAUGAUGAUUUUAAUUUAAAAAAAUUAAUUAAAUUUUAUUAUGAUUCAGUAGGGUUUGAUAUUGAUUAUAAUCCAUUUAGAUUUUUAAAAUUUGAUGAUGAAGGAGAUAGUAAUGAAGAAAUUAAUUCUCAUGCAAAUAAAAUUUAUGAAAAUAUUCUAACAGCAUAUCAAAAUCAACCAUCUAUACCUUCACUAGAAUAUUGCAAUUCAAGAUUAUUAGAAAAGACUAUAAAUGAUUUUGGCACAUUGCCAAUAUUUGAAACUAAACUAUAUCCUCAAAUUUUAUUUAGAUUUAUGAAAUCUUCAGAUGUUUCAAAAUCAAGAUAUAUAUCAUUUAUUUCAAAAUUAAUUUUAAAAAAUCUUUUAAAUCCAAUAGUGUUAGUAUUUUUAUUAAUUGAAUAUGAUGAUAUAGAAUUAAUUGAUUUUUUAAUUUCACUUUCAACAAAUUCAUCUUUCAAUACAUCUAUUGAUUCAAAUUCAAAUUCAAAUUCAAAUUCAAAUUCAAAUUCAAAUUUCUUUAAAGAUAAUUAUUUAAAACUAAUUUCAAAAGAAUUAAAUAAUAAAGAAAAUUUUGAUUUUGAUAUUAAAAGAUAUAUUAGAUCAAAUGAAAUGUUAGAAUUUUGUUUUACAAAUUUCAACGAAAUCAUUUUACAUCCAAAAUUUAAAAAUAAUUUAACAACUUGGGUGAAAAUGGACAGAACUGAUUUAAUUGAAACUUUCAAUCAAUUAAUAAAAAUUCAAUUAAAUGAUAAAUAUAAUAUUGAAAAUGAUUUAAUUUUACCAACAAUUAUAAACUCUGGUUUUUCAAUAACCACCCCCUCAAUACCAAAAGGGUAUGGUUUAAUAUCAUAUGCAUACUUGAUUAAAAAAUUAAAAGAAACUCGUAAAAAUUUUAAUAUCUCAAACUAUUUAGAUGAAAAACUCUUAUUAGAAUCUUUAGUUUUAAAAGUAAAUUCAAAAAUUAAUUUAGACUAUCAAUUAGAAUGUAUAAAAUUAAUUAUUGAACAUACAACAGAACAAUAUAAUCCACUUUCAAUAAUGGUUCAAACUGAAAUUCAUCUUUUUAAUAAUAAAGUUCCCAUACCCUCACGAUUAUCAUUAAUAUCAGCACUUUAUUUAUCAAAUCAAAUUGAUCAAUUUUUAAUAGAAUUUGAAAAUCAUUUAAUUAAUGAAUCAUAUUUCCAAUUAGAUAUUAUUUUUGAAAUUAUUGGUAAAAAUAGUGAUUACAAAUUAUUAGGGAAAUUAAUAGAUACAUUCAAUAAUUUUGAAACAAAAUCACAACAAUCACUACCAAAAACAUUUAAUGAAGAAAAAAAACGUCUACUUUCACUUUGUUUUUUUAAAGCUUCAGUUGAUGGAAAUAUAAUUAUUUUUAAAUUCUUAUUAGAAAAUUAUGAUAAUAUCCUUUUCCCAAAAAAUAGUAAAUUACCAGAAGAAAGUUUCUUAGAAACAGAUGAAUCUUUUCAAAGAUAUGUUGCCAAAGCUAUAGAAAAAGACAAUCAUCAAUUAUUUGAAUUCUUUUUUCAAAAUUUAGGUUAUCAAUCAAUACUAUCAGAAUUAGAAUAUAGUAGUAAUUUAUUUUAUACAAUUCAUGAAGAUUUUAACCAUUUAUUCAAAUAA